AUGAACACCUUCGAAUCUCAAACACAAAACCCCUCCAGAUUCCUCUCUUCUUCUUCUUUGAACCCUAGGCGUUUCACUUGCCUCGACGACGACGAUCUCGUUUCCAAGGUCGUCCCACUCGUGACGGUGGUGCUCGAAGGCCGCUCCAUCUGUCAGCGCAUCAGCCUCCAUAGCCAUGCAAGCUACCAGAGCCUCGCAAAGGCUCUCAGGCAGAUGUUUGUGGACGAAAACGGGACCGUCACCUCCGAGAAUGAUCUUGAUCUUUCUAAUGCAGUUCCCGGUCACCUCGUUGCCUAUGAAGACAUGGAGAACGAUCUUCUUCUUGCCGGUGACCUUAACUGGAAGGAUUUUGUACGUGUUGCUUGGAGAAUUCGGAUACUGCCGGCCAAAGGGAACGCAAGGAAGGAAGAAGAGGAAUAUAGUUAG